CCUCACUGUCCCUCCUCCUUUAUCCUUCUCAAAGGCGUGGCCCGGGGGAAAAGGCAGUGCAGAACUUCCGUUUCCCAGAAAACCCACCUCAGGCCUGAUUCUCUGCUCGCCCCCAGCUAUAAGGAAGAAGGCUGCCACACAGCCUCCCGCUCAGGGCACUGUGCGGCCCUGCUCCCAACUGCGGGGCCCCGCCCAGGUCACCAGCUGUUGCUCUUUGGAGGCUGCAAGUCAGCGGAACCAGAAGUAGCCGGGCACUGGAGUCCUGGGAAGAUCACGGAGGAACCACCUGCUGCCCCCCAUUUGACGGAACAGCUUGCAAAGCUUGUGAGCAAUGGGCAGGGGUCCCGGCAGGGGCCCGCGGGACUGCGGCAUCACUCCUGUUCUGUGGUGGGGCCCUUUGCUGUGCUGUUUGGUGGAGAGGCUCUGAACAGAGCUAGAGACGCCGUCUGCAAUGACCUCUACAUCUACGAUGCCCGCAAGUCCCCUCCUCUGUGGUUCCACUUCGCCUGUGCAGACCGCGGGCUGAAACGCACAGGCCAUCAGACCUGCCUCUGGAACGAUCAGCUUUACCUGGUUGGGGGUUUUGGUGAGGAUGGCAGGACGGCUAGUCCACAGGCUUGCAUCCUGGACAUCUUGAUCUAAAGAAUGGUGCCAAGACACACUGCCAAGCCUGGUUUGUUGUAAACUCAUAAAGCAUUAUCACCAGAGUUACCUGCCUCGUGUCAAAUGCUCAUUAAACUUCAAUGUGAAAGUCAA